AUAAACACACUGUGGUGCUUGAAAGUUUUGUUGGCAUUUCCCCUUAAACUGCAUCCAUCUUGAACCAUCCAAGUAAGCAUCUUUUUUUAGAGUGCCCAUUAUUGUUUAAUCCCUUAACUUUAGCAUGAAUAAUUUGACCUCAUAUGUGAGACUUUUUUAGACAUAGCUGCUAAUCAAAGACCAGCUCCCAAGAUGAUUUCCACCGCUACUAUCUUGAAAGAGGCUAAGGAGCUUUAACUUAUGGUGCUUGAGUCAACUAGUGGUCACUAAGCCAUUGAAAGACUUUCUCAUCUACCCUCAUUGGAGAUGCCCAGGCUUUGUGAGUGUGUGACCUCGAAAGAAGAAACUUUAUCAAUUGCAAGCAACACUAGAUCUCUUCCUUCCUUGAUGCUUUCUUCCAGCCAUGUGGUUGAACAUGAAAUACCAACUACAGUUAUAACACAGUCAAUUGACCAAGAAGCAAGCAAAUGGUGUUCGUCUAUAGAUCAUGUGGGAAUGGUAUCGUUCUUAAGUGGCCUAUGGGACUGGUCAAACUAUGUAGCCAAGAUGCUAAGUUGUCAUAGAUGGGAGCCUUAACAGAUGCAAUCUCAUUAGUAAACAAUGACUAUUGUUGUCUUUCCAAUAUGCUUCGCGCCCUCAUCAAGGUAUGGUCUCCAAGUACCAAUACAUUUUUACCUUUUACAAGAAAGAUUGAAAAUUUUC